AUGUCUAGAGUUGGAACUGUUGUUUUAGGACCUGCUGGUGCAGGAAAGACCACUUUUUGUAAUUCAUUGGUAACUCAUAUGCAACAAAUUGGUAGAAACUGUCACAUUGUCAAUCUUGAUCCUGCUGCUGAAGCUAAGAAGUAUGAAUUUACUGUUGAUAUCAGAGACUUGAUUUCUCUUGAAGAUGUCAUGGAAGAACUAAAUCUUGGUCCCAACGGGGGCUUGAUUUAUUGUUUUGAAUUUCUUUUAAAGAAUUUGGAUUGGUUAGAAGAAGAAAUUGGUGAUUAUAACGAUGAGUUUCUAAUUAUUGAUUGUCCAGGGCAGAUUGAAUUAUAUACUCAUAUUCCAGUGUUCCCAACUAUCAUAAACCACUUGACCAGAAAUAUGAAUUUCCAAUUAUGUUGCACUUAUCUUAUGGAAUCAACUUUUGUGAUUGAUAAAUCAAAGUUCUUUUCUGGAACUUUGAGUGCUAUGUCAACCAUGUUGUUGUUGGAACUCCCGCAUAUUAACAUUCUUUCAAAAGUGGACUUAAUAAAGGAUCAAUAUUCUAAAAAGAAACUCAAACAAUUUUUAAAUCCUGAUCCUCUAUUAUUGGAAGACGGCAACGAUGAUAACUUACUUGCUAAUAAGAAGUUUGACAGGUUGAAUAAAUUGAUUGCCAAUAUGAUCGAUGAAUUUGGAAUGGUGCAAUAUUUGCCGUUAAAUGUUAAUGAUUCCAACUCUCUCACCACAAUCCUAUCUUAUAUUGAUGACGUCACACAGUGGUCAGAGAACCAAGAACCUAAGGAUCCUGUUGAUGAAGGCCUUGUACCUGACGAAGAAGAAGAAUUUGAAUAA